AUGUACUCCAUUCCUCGGUGGCACCUGGUGACUUGGUACUCGAAUGACGGUGUCACUCGGAACCAAAUCGAUCAUAUCCUUGUCAAAUCACGGUGGGCCUCGAGUGUCCUGGACUGUCACGCAUUCCGGGGAGCCGAAAAAGGCAAUGAGCAUGGCUCCGAUCAUGUCUUGUUUCGUUCAAAGAUGUGCCUUCGCAUGAGAGCCAACCUACCAUCUAACCGCCCUGUGAAAUACAAUAUUUCGCGACUCAGAUGCCAGCAAACCAGAGCCGAGUUUCAGCUCCGGUUAUCAAAUCGCUUUGCCGGUCUUCAAGCACUUCAACCCAUUGAGUACUCAGCUGAGGACUCCUGCCAGUUAUUCAAAAGCAGCGUAAACGAAGUUGCCUCGCAGACCCUGGGUAAAACCAGACGGCGGGCGAAGGACUGGAUCUCUGGCCGCACUACUGAGCUCGCAAACCAAACUAAACGAGCCGGUUGCUCCGAGAACGACGACUUCCGCCGAUUUCGCCGUGAGACUGCUCGCUCUGCGAAGGCUGAUCUCAAUACUUACUGGCGAAACGUCGCUGAAGUCAUGGAGCAAGCGGCAUCAGUAGAAGAUUCCCGAAAACUAUACCAGACUCUUAAAACGGCAACUAAGGGAAACAGCAGGCUAAGCGAAGUGCUGCUGGGCACGAAUGAAACGGCACAAUCCGUUGGAAUCAGCAUUUCGAGACCUUGCUGA